UUCCCAGAUCCUGCCACCUUCCCUCUCCUCCAGCUCCUCUGGUACUCUUCAGAAAAAGAGAAGGUCUUCAGAGAUAUCAACUGAACACUCCAUAACAAGGAAUAUAGAAAACUCUAGUUCCUUUGCUGUGGUUCAGACAACUUCGGAUGUUACCUACAGUGUGUCUGCCUACAACCAAAAGAAGGAACAUUCCACACUGCUGAGGGAAAACAGCAAGGACCAUACCAGUGACAUAAGAGUAAGAAUUGUGAACUCAUUGAUGUCCAGAGUACACUAAGCUGAGAUCUGCGCAACGAUGUGGCCUAGCAAGACAAGGUCACAAAUCCACCCACGUGACAGAUUUUAUAAUGUGAAAAUCUAUGUCCUGGAGGAAGGUGAUCAGUGGGAACAUCUAGUCUCAGGACGAAUUUCAAGCCAAUACAUCGGACACCUUCAGGACGUUUGCCUGCUUAUUCACUCAAAAUCAAAUGACUCAUUGUUAAUGGAAAUCACAAUACAUUAUAAUGUGCCAUAUAAGAGACUAAAAAGGAAUGUAAUUACUUGGACUGAACCUGAUAACCAUACCAUAGCAAUACGUUUCCGAAACCCAAAAUGUUGUCAAGAUAUCUGGGAAGAUAUCUGCCAAGUUCAAGGUAAAGAUCCAAAUGUACAAAUCACACAAGAACUUACAGAUGAUUUAGACAUUUUACAAGAACUGCCCCAGAUCCAGAAUCUGUGUGAGAUGCGAACCUGUGAAAACAGCACACUUGAACACAUUGCAGAUUUGUUUAAUUUUGUUGAGGAAUCGCCAAGCUACAAGGAAAGGCUGGCUCUUCUUUUGGAAAAUGAUGAUUACAUUAAAAAAUUGCUACAUGUCUUCCACAUUUGUGAAGACCAAAAGAACAUGGAAGGCUUAUAUAUUUUAUAUUUCAUUAUUAGAGGCAUCUUAUUUCUCAACAAUAUGCGUUUGUAUGAGAUCAUGUUUUCCGAUGAGUGCAUCAUGGAUGUCUUAGGAUGCCUUGAGUAUGACCCUGAUUUGGAUCAGCCAUAUCGGCAUAGAGAAUUUUUGACUGUAAAUGCAAAAUUCAAGGAAGUUAUGCCAAUAACAUGCUCCAAUCUCAGGCAAAAAAUACACCAGACCUACAAAAUGCAAUACAUUCAUGACAUUCUAUUUCCAACACCAUCCAAAUCUCAAGAGAAUCGUCUCUCUAAAUUUACAACUUGCAUUUCUUACAACAAAAUUGAAAUAGUUACCUUGCUGCAGGAAGAUGAGAUGUUCAUGCUUGAAAUAUUUGAUCAGUUGAAAGAUAACACUCUAGGUCACGAAAGACGGCAUGAGUUGCUAUUUUUUUUCAAGGAAUAUUGUGAUUUUGCUAAGAUAUUAAAUUCUCAAAACAAAGACAUAUUACUGGAAACAAUGAUAAAGCUUGGACUCAUGAGUGCUCUAAAAGUUUCAGUACAUAUGGAAGACUAUCAAACAAAAGAAGCUGCUAUAGAUAUACUUACUCAUCUAGUAGAAUAUAAUCCACAAAUCGUCCAAGUGUAUGCAAUGGAAGAAGUGUAUGCCAUGGAAAAUGAUGAUCUUCUCAUCAAUAUAAUGAUCAAACAAAUAAUCUGUGAUUCUGAUGCUGAAUCCUCAUAUGUUUUAAGUUUGACUGCAGUUCUCCAUGCUCUCCUUGAUGCAGAAAACAUGUGCAUAACAGUGAGUGGAUAUGAAGAGGAGGAUUUUAUUAAUUUCUUCUAUACACAUUGCAUCAAUAACUUGGCUGAACCAAUUUUGGCUAUUCCAGAACAAAAUGAUAGUGAUGAUAACAGGGCUAAAAUCUGUCUUGAUAAUUACCAAAAGGCACAAUUGCUUGGAGUAGUGUUAGAAUUACUCAGCUUUUGUGUAAAACACCAUAAAACUUACAUUAGAAAUUAUAUUUUGAGCAACAACUUGCUCAGCAGAGUCCUGGUGCUGACAAGAUCAAAGCACACAUUUCUGAUUUUGUGUGCUAUCAGGUUUAUGAGACAGAUGGUUGGCAUUAAUGAUAAAAUUUAUAAUCUUUACAUAAUAAAGAAAAAUCUUUUUGAACCUGUUGUAAGAACUUUUUUACACAAUGGGGAACGAAAUAAUAUGCUAAACUCAGCUAUCAUUGAGCUAUUUGAAUUUAUAAGACAGGAAAACAUCAAGUCUCUUAUUGCAAACAUUGUAGAAAAAUUUUUUACAGCUUUUGAAUCAGUUGAGUAUGUCCAGACCUUUAAAGGGUUAAAAGUUAAAUUUGAAGAAGACAAGGAAAGAGAAAUUCAAAUGAGAAGUAAUUUACAUGAUAUAGCAUACCAGAUCAUAUACUGUAGACAUACGAAAGCUGUGGAGGAACAAGGCAAGGAAGAAAUGUGUUCUGGAGAAAGUACUGAAGCUAACCUACCAAGGGGAAGUGAUGACAUGUUUAUAAGAAAUAAAGAUACACGUGAAAAUGAAGUAGACCAGUCAGAAAGAAAAGCAUCUGAAGCACUUGACUGUUCUUCAUCUCCUUCUGAUGCUUCUGCUAAUAAGGAGAGUGAGCCACACUGCAGCAGCGAGUUUCCUUUAGAGGACUACCCAGAUGAUGGCGAUGAUGAGAAAGACCAUGAAGACCAUCCUGACAUCGAUGAAGAGGAAGAACCUCCUCCCACAAGACCUACACUUGGUUCAUAAAAUUAGAUGAGGCCCUCAAUUUUGAUUAACAUUCUAUAAAUAUCACAAAGUGAAAAAUCUAAUUAAAAGAUCCUCCUCUUAAUAACUUUUAGAUAUGGUAGUAUAAUUAACAAAUAUGAUGAUAAAUAAAAGGCCUCAAUUUUCUAUGAAAAAUAUCCCCAUAACAUAGAUGUACAGAAAAAUAACCACCCCUGAGUGAUAAAUUCUUAUCAAGAACGUCUUAUUAUGGCAGCAUGGUUUGGGAGGAGGAAACAGUAUAACAUAAUACAACUUUCAUUCUUGUCUUUAUAUUACAAACAUGUACGAAAGUUUUAUUACAAAGUCAACUUUCAAAAAUAGGGUCUAGCAAAGGUAUUCUUUUCAUAAACUGAAGUUUUUUGAAACAAUAUUUUGUAUGUGUGGAAGAAAAAUCAAUAUUACAGUAAAAAAGUGAGACUUUUCAACGUUUUUUUGUGAAGAUUUAACAAAACUUCAGUGUUAUGCAUAAAAGCGGGAAGGAACAUUCACCACAAUUAAGUGUAUAUAUUCAUGAAUAAAAUGUUAAUCUGGAUCCUAAA